UCACUAUCAAGCAAUGCAAUAACAUCAGUACAUAACAUAACAUAACAUCCUUAACCCUUUGAACAUCGUUUUGCAGCCAUGGAAACAGGCAUAGCAUGCUACACUCGCGGGCCUUUCUUGCCUAGUGUUUCUUCCAAGCACUCUCCACCUUCCAUUUCUCCAUCUUUUGGCUUGAGGAGUCUGAAAUCAAGCUCUUUAUUUGGAGAAUCGCUAAGAGUGGCCUCCAAAUCAACAAUAAAGGUUUCAAAGACAAAGAAUACUUCACUCGUGACCAGAUGUGAAAUUGGUGACAGUCUCGAAGAAUUCCUCACAAAAGCAACACCAGAUAAGGGGUUGAUCAGGUUGUUGGUGUCCAUGGGAGAAGCAUUGAGAACAAUUUCCUUCAAAGUGAAGACGGCUUCAUGUGGUGGAACACAAUGUGUUAAUACUUUUGGGGAUGAGCAGCUUGCAGUGGAUUUGCUAGCUAAUCAGCUUCUUUUUGAGGCCUUAAAUUACUCUCAUUUCUGCAAGUAUGCUUGCUCUGAAGAAAAUCCUGAGCUCUUGGACAUGGGAGGUCCAGUUGAAGGUGGAUUUAGUGUUGCAUUUGAUCCCCUUGAUGGCUCCAGCAUUGUGGACACAAAUUUCACAGUAGGCACCAUCUUUGGUGUGUGGCCUGGAGAUAAGUUGACCGGCAUCACCGGAAGAGAUCAAGUUGCUGCAGCCAUGGGGGUUCUUGGUCCUAGAACAACAUAUGUACUUGCUCUAAAAGACUUCCCUGGCACCCAUGAAUUUCUUCUGCUUGAUGAAGGAAAAUGGCAGCAUGUCAAAGAGACCACAGAAAUUGGUGAAGGAAAAUUGUUCUCCCCAGGAAAUUUGAGAGCCACAUCUGACAACCCCGAUUAUGCUAAGUUGAUCGAUUACUAUGUCAAUGAAAAGUACACAUUGAGAUACACGGGAGGAAUGGUGCCAGAUGUCAACCAGAUUAUUGUAAAAGAAAAAGGCAUCUUCACCAAUGUGACAUCACCAUCAGCCAAAGCCAAGCUGAGACUGUUGUUUGAGGUAGCUCCGUUGGGGUUCUUGAUUGAAAAAGCCGGAGGUUACAGCAGUGAUGGUCAUCAGUCUGUGCUAGACAAAGUCAUCACUAACAUUGAUGAGAGAACUCAAGUUGCUUAUGGAUCCAAGAAUGAGAUCAUCCGGUUUGAAGAAACCCUGUAUGGUAAAUCCAGGCUCAAGGAUGGUGUAGCUGUUGGAGCAGCUGCUUAAUCUGUUAAACCUGCAAUUCAUUGUCUAUUUUAUCUGCUUUUAGAAAAAAAGAUAUAUGCUAUAUCUUCAGACAAGUACCUGCAAUUUAGUCACAUAUUUCUGUUAAUCACUAUAAUAACAAAGUAAAUUUAUGUUGGUAUGACU